UGACUAAUAAAUGAAUUUUAAUUCAUGCUCGGCAUGCUUCAGCAAAUAAACUCUAGUGAAGACUUUAAAAAACUGAUUGUUAAGAUUACAAAUGUCUACUAAUUAAAAGGUCAGUAAUAAAUAACUAUUAAUAUGAUAUUACCAAAAAAUAUUAUCAUUUAUGCAAGACUAUCAUCGGCUACUUAAUUACAUAUACGGCGACGUUUAGGUCUUUUAAUUAGGGAGCUUCCUAAUUUUUUUUAAUUAGAAUUAAAAAAACAAGCUGCAAAAAUGAGAAACCAAUAAAAAAGGAAGGAAAAAAAGAGAAACCAAUGAAAAAAUAGAAGAGAAAAAUGGGAAAAAGAUAAAAUGCGAAAUAAAAACCUUUCAAUCGUCACAGUGCGGAGAAGAAGUUUAGAAUCAAAGAAGAAACCGACCUCCCUCUUCCUCUCUCUCUCUCUCUCUCUCUCUCUCUCUCUCUCUCUCUCUUUCUCACCUCCUCUUUGGAUCUCUCUCUCUCUCUGUCUCUCUCUCUCCCUGAUUUAACAUAAUCAGGUAAUUAUCAUCUUUAAUCAUCACGAUGAUCGGCUUCUGAAGCUUUUUGUUUUCGUAAUUCAAAUCAUUAUUUAUCUUGGGAGUUUUCGGUUUCGGAUUAUUACAAGUCUUCUUGUCUUGUCUUAGCUCUGUUGCAGCCCCCUUUGAUAUCUCCGAAGCUUUAUCCUUUUUAUCUUUCAAGAGGGCUUAUGCAGCAAGCGAAAUGGGACAAAGAAAUAGAUCAGUCGAUUUAGAAAUGGAGCAGCAGCAGCACCACCAAACUCAGGCCUCUCUCCAACCAGGACCUUGUCUCCUCUUAGGCAGCUUUCCACCACCUGCCAUGGUUGCAAACGUUCCUAAUUCUCUUCAAGACAACUCGGCAAUGUUCUAUGGUCUUCCUCAGUACCAUCAUCAUCAUCAGCCUCCUCCCACCAACUACUAUGCUCCCUAUGUGGCAUUUCAGGCUCCCCCAAGUCAGUUACCAUCUUCUAGCAGUCAUGAGAUGAAUGCUCACUUUAUGGAUCACACACCAGGGGCUUAUAAAAGAAAGAACGCUGAAGGAAUACCUGUAAAUCCUCAUUUAGCAGCACCAUUCAAUAAUGCACCUGAGACAGUAGCUCCAUUUGGAGGCGCAAGGAGCAGACCAGGAGCUCUUACAAUGAACCCUGUUCUUCCUCCUCCUCCUCCUCAUGCUCCAAACGUCUUCAUUCAAGGGAACUAUGCUGGCCAUCAUCCAUUCCCACCUCCUGGCUCAAUAUGGUAUGAUCAACACCUUGGCAGACCUGAUGGUUCACCUUCCUUUUGGCCACACUCACCUUACAUGCAAGGUAGUAACAUUGUCGCUGGUUCCUUAGAGUCUAGUAGUAGAAACCCUGCACCAUUCAUUUUUCCUUCUCCAUUAAACCCAAGGGACCAUUACUAUAGUCAUCAUCAUCUCCCUGCACCUCCUCCUGUUCAAGGAGUGAGAGGUCAGAGCGCCACAUUAUACCCUCCCAUGGCUUCUUCACCCUCGUACAGGGUCCCUUUUGGGAACUUUGCUCCUCAGAACACAAGCAAUCUCGGUCCAGAGAUGGGUCCAGUUCAACCAACAGGGUUUCGGAUAUACCAGCAUCCUCCACCUUUAGCAGCUCUUAGACAACACCGUGGAGGAGUACCUCGGCUUAGAGUGAUGCCUGAUGAUGAAGCUGCUAUAUUGGAGUUUGGAGACUUCCUUGGUGGUUCUGGAAAUAACCAUGUUGAUCAUCAUCGAGAUAUGCGUUUAGACAUCGAGGAAAUGUCUUAUGAGGAGCUUCUUGCCUUGAGUGAGAGGAUUGGGACUGUGAACACUGGUUUGCCAGAGGAAGAUGUUAAGAACCAUCUAAAAACAAGAACGUGUUCUGUAAUCAACGUUGCAGAAGAGUCAUCAUCCUCGUCUCCACAAACAAAAGAUAGAGAAACUGAGCCUUGCACCAUAUGUCAGGAAAGCUUCAAGAACGAAGAAAAGAUUGCUACUUUGGAUUGUGGGCACGAGUAUCAUGCGGAAUGCUUGGAGAAAUGGUUGAUUGUGAAGAACGUUUGCCCAAUCUGUAAAUCAGAAGCAUUGGUCAUGGAGAAGAGAAAAGUAUAAUAGGAAGAAGAAGAAUGACUUCUUUUAAUCUAAUGGGUUUAUUAUUAUAAAUAUUUAUAUAAAAAAGGAAACUACAUGAAGAGACUGAGUUUGGUUUUAUUUUUCAGCUCCAUAAGGAUUCUGUAAAUUUGUACAUUCUUUUGUUUGUGCACAUAUGACAAUAUGUGAAUGGUCAAAAACUUUCUCCUUAUUUGGUUUCUUGGCUAAGUGAUAGUGAAAA